AUGUAUCACCUCAAAGUGGAGCCCAUCGAGCUCCUGGAGCUGCUCGACAGCACGGUCUCGGCGUACCGGCUGUACGCUAAGGAUCUCCUCUCGAAGGAGGCCCUCCCCGGCAUGACCCGCCGCACGCGCGAGUCGCUCAUCAUUACGAGCAAGCUUGAGGACAGCGUCGCGGCGGUUCUGUGGGGCGACAACGUCAGGGUGCGUCAGAUCCUGGGGAACCUGACGUCGAACGCGAUCAAGUUCACGUACAAGGGCUCGGUAACGAUCACCGUUACCCAGCCCACCAAGGGCCAGAUCAUGUUCUCGGUGAAGGACACUGGGCUCGGGAUCUCGGAAACGGAUCAGCGGAAGCUGUUCGGGAAGUACGAGCAGCUGGCGACGUUCCGGCCGUCGACCGCCGGAACGACCGGACUCGGGCUGUGCAUUAGCAAGAGUUUGGUGAAGCGCAUGGGGGGCAAGAUGGGCGUCGACUCGAAACCGAAACAGGGGUCCACCUUCUGGUUCACUCUGCCCGUCAUCGACCCCCCCGUCAAGGCGAAGCGCCGCUCUGUGGUCGGACGCAACGACUCCCCCCGGGGAGACGGGGGGAUCCCCCAGCUGUUGAUGCCGGAAAUGCCGCGGGAGAUCACCAGUGGGCCCCCCCACGUGGAGAUCCACCGGGAGCCCGCCCCCAAGCCCGAGGACCUGGUGCUGACGUCAGACGACCUGCGGGUUCUGGUGGCGGAGGAUAACCCGGUCCUGCAGAUGACGCUGAAAGCGAUGCUGAUGCGCCUGGGGAUCACGCCCGUGGUGGUCGGGAACGGAGCGGACGUCGUGAAGGAGUGCGGCGGCGAUCCGUUCGACCUGCUAAUCCUGGACAUCCAGAUGCCCGAGAUGAACGGCGACACCGCCCUGGCCGCCGUCCUGCAGAAGGAGCACCCGCUGAAGGCGGUCGCGUGCACGGGCGACGCGAUGCCGCACCAGAUCGAGCACUACAAGAAAGUGGGUUUCAGCGCGGUCGUCACCAAACCCUUCACGUUCGCGGAGCUGACGUCAGCCCUGCUGGAGAUGGGCAUCCUGAGCAAGAAGGAGGACGCCGUCGAGACCCCCGCGGACCCCGUGACGCAGACCCUGCAGAAGAUGUUGUCCAUAUAA